AUGCCUGGAACCGAUCUGGCCCCGCAGGUCACGGAUGAUGUGAGAGUCCUCGGACAGGAUCCUCUCAUCCCUCCGGCCCUGUUGACCUCCGAGAUCCCCCUGCCCAAGGAAGCGCUCGACACUGUCGUCCAGGGCCGAGUCGACGCCGCUAAGAUCAUCACUGCCCGCAAUGACCGACUCUUAGUUGUGGUCGGCCCAUGCUCCAUCCACGACCCUGCUGCAGCCCUUGAGUACGCUGGCCGACUCAAGGAGCUUUCGAAUAAGCUCUCCAACGACCUCUGCAUCGUCAUGCGUGCCUACCUGGAGAAGCCUCGUACCACCGUGGGCUGGAAGGGUCUGAUCAACGACCCCGAUAUCGACCAGUCCUUCCACAUCAACAAGGGUCUGCGCGUGUCGAGAAAAAUGUUCGUCGACUUGACCUCUCUUGGCAUGCCCAUUGCCAGCGAGAUGCUCGAUACCAUCUCCCCCCAGUUCCUCGCCGACUGCAUCUCCGUGGGUGCCAUUGGUGCCCGAACAACCGAGUCACAGCUUCACCGAGAGCUCGCCUCUGGUCUUUCCUUCCCUGUCGGGUUCAAGAACGGAACCGAUGGAAAUCUCGGCGUGGCUAUUGAUGCCAUUGGUGCUGCCGCAUCCCAGCACCACUUCAUGGGUGUUACCAAGCAGGGUCUCGCUGCCAUCACUCGUACGAAGGGUAACGAGCACGGCUUCGUUAUCCUCCGUGGUGGAACCAAGGGCCCCAACUACGACAAGGAGAGCGUCCAGGCCGCCAAGAAGGUCCUGACUGACAAGGGCCAGAAGCAGGCCAUCAUGAUUGACUGCUCUCACGGUAACUCCCUGAAGAACCACAAGAACCAGCCCAAGGUGGCCAAGGUUGUUGGUGACCAGCUUCGCGAGGGUGAGACCUCCAUCGUGGGAGUCAUGAUCGAAUCCAACAUCAACGAAGGUAACCAGAAGGUCCCCAGCGAAGGACCUGCUGCUUUGAAGACCGGCGUCAGUAUCACUGACGCCUGUAUCAACUGGGAGGACACCGUCACUGUUCUGGAGGAUCUUGCCGAGGCCGUGCGGGUUCGUCGUGAGGUCAUCGCCUCCAAGUAA